AACUUAACACAAAACAGUAGCUAAUAAGAAAAAGAUAUAAAGAAAAUGAAAGAGAGGAAAAGGGCAUUAUGCUCCCGGCACAGACUGUGCUCAUAAAGCCUAUUGCUACAGUGCAUAAGGCCCAGCCCGCGUUGGCCUUUUCCCCAACCUCUCACCAGAGGCAGAGAGGCCAUGGCGCGUACGCCGUCCACCCGCCGAUUGCCUCGCUGUCAAGCAUCCCGCGGCCCUUUGGUGGAUAAGGAGACCGUCCCCGACGCCGCUGUCGAACCCUACCUUAUCCACUUCUUCCCCCUUGCUCUCCUCCCCGAUCUGGAGAGGCACCCGUACGCAGCCGUUGACGCCGCCUCGUUGUUGACAUGCUCCGGCACCACCCCGUCCCGCUCGAAGGCGCCCAGGAGCUGCGCCUCGACGUCCUCUACCUCCACAACAACACUCUCGAGCAAGGACGUACUUUACAGUCGCCAUCGAGCACAUCUCCGCGUACAUCGUCGCCGUACGCCGUCGUUUGCCGCUACUCCGGUCCGUCCCCGGCCGCCCCGACCACGUCCCCGAGUCCACUACCCCGAGACCGCUGCCGGUACCCCUGUGAUCGCCUACAUCGACGAUGAACCCUUCUUACCAGAGCAACCAGAUGCUGGAGCCCAGGAGCUAGACGCCACCGUCGACAACGACUCCUACUACACCGGAGGUGCCUACUACUACGUGCAGGCCGCUGACGACGACCAGGAGUAGUUUAGGAGGAUCCCAG